AUGACGCCUCAUGAAAUAGGCACUACAUUCUACGCCUACACUGCUGCCUCUAGCUCUGUCGCUCACAUUUUGGAUGCCAGCAAACCAGCAACCUUUUCUAUGGUGAAUGCCCACAAACGUCUGGCUAUUCUCAUACACGGGUUUACCUCAAGUCACGAGGACAGUCAUUUGCAGUCAAUCAAGACUAACAUGCUGCACCACAGUAAUGGAGAAGUGGGCACCGUCAUAGUGGUCGACUGGAGGCACGGGGCAUCAGCACUGGCACUGCCGCCCUACCUGCGGGCAGCAUCGAACACUCAGGUAGUUGGACACCAGGUAGCACACCUGGUGGAGGAGCUGAGGAAGCACCAUGGCGUCAAUCCACACAACGUCUACAUUGUGGGGCACAGUCUGGGUGCACAGAGUGCCGGAUUUGCAGGACGGUAUGCUCUGUCGACAUUUCACUGGAAGCUUGGUCGAAUCACUGCUUUGGAUGCAGCGGCGCCUUCUUUUGAAAACCAUCCUGGAACCUUCCUCACCAAAAAUGACGCCGUUUUUGUAGAUGCAAUUCACACCUCAGCUAGUAAGGACCAUAAUCCGUUAAAUGGAGUUUUUGGUUUUGUGCAUGCAUUUGCUCAUUUGGAUUUCUACCCCAACGAUGGUCACAAUCAACCAAAAUGCCACAACCCACUUGAGAUUGCCUGUCACCAUGAGGCAGCUUUGCUCUAUUACGACGCCUCACUCAGCGCUCACAACAGCUGCAAAUUCUACGGGUUUUCAUGCCAUGACUGGGCCACAUUUCACGCACACCACUGCACCAAACAUGACGCAGAGAUGGGCUACUUUGCAGAUAAGAUUCAUGCCAGCGGUGUACGGUUCUUGGCAACCACUGAAAAGUAUCCAUUCUGUCAUUAA